UGAGGGAGUGUCUGCUGGGUGUAGGAGUGGGAGCGGCUUGACGUCUUGUUGUUAGUGUGAAUGAGUUUUUAAAAAAAAAGAAAGAAAGAAAAGAGCUUCUCUCUGUCUCUGACAACAGCUCAGCAGGAGACACAGCCGCGGAAAAGAGGGGAAACUGUUUUCUUUUCUAAAUUUCACCCGCUUUCUUCCUCGACCUUUAUGACUGCGUGAGGACUAAAGAAACUCAGUUAUGGAGACCUCCAUUGAAACUGGACGCCCUGUAAAUCCCAAGCCGCCUCUGGCACCAAAACCUCGGAUCACUCCCAAGCCUUUCUCCCUCCAAAAGAACACCACUAUCCGCUCCAUCCAUGCUCCGACGUCAGUCAGCACAACUCCGAAGCCACCAGUGAAGCAGCCUGCAAAGCCAGAAGCCCCUGGUGUUCCUAAAUCGACUGCAUCCACCCAGGUUCAAAAACCUCCUCCCAAAACCACUACCCCUGCUCCCAAACCAAUUCCUGGAGGUGAACCUGCCAAGAAUAAAACAAAACCUACAAAAGAAAAUAAAGCAGGUCCAAAAGACAAAGACACUCCUGAAUCAAACGUCACACCUGGAAAAUCUGAUCCUGUCUCACAGAACGUUCCGGUAAGGGAGACACCAAAACCUGAUUCACUGCAGAAAGACCAAGUCGUCCAAACAAAUCACAAAGAAUCCACAAGUUCUGUUUCUGUCUCAGAACAAACAGAGGACAAAAAGAAAGAAAAUGGAACUCAGAGUUCUGUCACAGAAAAGACUGAAGAUUCAGGAAGUGACGGCUCCUCAUCUAAGAACAUAUUUCGAUGGGGGGGCACCAGGAAGAGCCUGUCUACGCAGCUUACCUCAAAGUUUGAGUCAGGUGGCCCUCUCCUGCCCGUGCAGCCCACCAAACCUGUGUCCACUAACAAUGCUAAAGAGGACGCCACCAAGGCAGAGUCCUGUAAUGUAGAACAGAGCCAGGUGACACCAACAGAACCAUCAAACCGAGAGAGUGAUGAGGGGGGCCUGCAGGAGGACUACACGGGAGGAGGGAGUAUCAAACGGAGAAUCAGUCUCCUCUUUGACUCUUCAUCCAGGCCAGAGGUCAUGACAAAAAAAGACGAACCAGAAAUUACCAACGUUGGAGGAGGUGUGAAGGAGAGAAUUAAACACUGGGCAUUGGAAACAAACACUGAGGAUCUGAAGACUGAGAGGAAGCCUCAAGUUGCACCACGACCUCGUUCCAAGAGCUUUGAGCCUGUGGCUCCUAAAGCAGGAGAGAAAACACACAAAACUCCUCAAGUACAACCUCCUGUUCCUGAAAUACCAUCUACACACGCUGGGAACGAACAUCCAGACGCCUCCUCCACUGAAAACCCUGCAGAGCCUCAGUCGGAGACACCAAGAGACACUCCUGCAGGAAAUGAGUCUCCGGAUCUGGUCUCAGGUGGAGGACCUGGAGAGAAGGAGCUGAGCUCAUCAACGGACAGUCAGGUUCAACUACGCCACCGCAGCACAUCUGCACCUCAGACGACAACCGAUGACGGAGGUGACAGUGGGCAGCGUCCUCUGAAGAGAGACAACGUUAAACGUCGCUCUGUUCGCUUUGGGGUGGUGGAGAGAGAUGACGGAGGGCCUCCACUGAUCCUGGGCUCAGCUUCAGAAUCCAGUUCUGAAGAAGAAGAACAAGAGGAGGAGGAGAAAUCGGAGGAGGACACCACCGCGUCUUUCCCAGUCUACAGGCGAGCAGGAAGUUUUCAUCAUAAGGAUGAGGAAGAACAAGAACAGGAAGUGGACAGACAUUUGGAAUUUGAAAAAAGAAGGAGAGCAGAAGAACACGAAGAGGCCAGACUAAAGCUCGAGGAGGAGCGUAAACGCGAAAAGCAGGAAAAGGAGAGGGCAGAGCGGCAGCAUAGAGAAGAAGAGAAUCGUAAAGAGGAGGAAAGGGAGAGAAAAAGGUUGGCAGAGGCGGAAAUAGAGAGACAGCGUAAGGAAGAAUGGGAAAAGGAAAGAUUAAAGGAGGAGGAAAGAAGGAGGAGGCAAAGAGAAGAAGAGAUGGAGCGGGAAAGACAAAUGGAGAUGAGGUUGCAGAGACAGAGGGAGGAAGAAGAGGAGAGGGCAAAGCAGGAGGAAGAGAGACUGAGACUAGAGCAGAUGGAGAAAGAAAAACAAAGGAUGGAGGAGGAGAAGAAAGAGAAGGAGAGACUGAUGGCGGAAAUGGAAAGAGAGAGGCUAAAGCAAGAGGAAGAGAUGAAGCGAGUCAAAGAAAUGGAGUUACUACAACAGAGACAGAAGGUGGCUGAGGACAGAGACAGAGUGAGGCAGGAAGAAGAGAGACUCAGACAAGAGAUGGAAAAGGAGAGAUUGAGAUUAGAAGCUGAGGAACGAGAGAGGGAAAUGCAGAGAAUGAGAGAAAAGCAUAGAGUGGAAGAGAGGGAGGAAGAAGAGAGAAAAAGAAGGGUGCUUGAGGAGAAAAUACGGCAGGAAAAAGAGGCAGAGAUGGAGAGAAUGAGGCAGAUAGAAAAACAAAGGGAGGAGGAGGAAAGGCUAAAACAGAAGGAGAGAGAAAGAUUGGAGGAGCUGGAGAGGAAAAUGCAAGGAGAAAAAGAAGAACAAGAAAGGCUGAGAAUGGAAAAAGAGAGAAAAAGGCAGGAAACAGAAAUUGAGGAGCCUGUUGAUGGAGAACAACAGCGCACAACAAAUGAUUUAAUCAACUUUGACUCUGAAGAUGUGCCUCAGACGUUAGAAACUCCACUGUCUCCCUUUUCGCAGAGCCCGACUGAAGUCAUAUACGAUGACUUCUCCGUCAGAAAGUCUCUGAUUGAGGUAGAUUUUGAUGAUUUUUCUGUCAAACCGAAGAGAUGGGGAUCACAGGCUAAAUCAGAGACUUCUCCAGUCAUUGAGAGCUGGGUCUCCAGUCCAGAUAACAAAGAGGUGGACAUGCUGGUACCUCUGGUUGUAUCCCCUUGGGAAAACAAGGAACAUGAGUAUGUGACAAAACGGGAUGAUCCACAGCCUCAUUUAUUACUGGAGAGCCCUGAGGAAGAGGAAGAAGAGGAAGAAGAGGGAGAGGAGAAACCAAAGGAGAUGUCAGAGGAGCUUGAUUUUACCCCUGUGAUAGUAAAGCAAGCAGAGAAAGAGGAAAAUGUUGAUGGGGAUGAAGAGGUAAUGGAGGUGGAAGAAGUACUGGAAGAAGAAGAAGAAGGAGCAGAAGAAGAAAAUCCAGAGACACAGGACAACACUGAGAGUACAAAUGGAGGAGACAGAGACACUGGGCCUUUAGUAGACAUUGAGCCAGAGGAGGAGAGUCAGCCUUGGGAAAGGACGUCUGGACCUGACAGCCCAACGUUCAUCUCUGACACAUUUCCUGAAAACUACUCUCAAGAUGUGGAUACCACGGAUUUGGACAAAGAGCCAGACAUUUUAUCAUUUCCUGAGAGCACCACUUCACUCCUGGACACCAGUGCACAGAAAUCCAAGGCUACUGUGAGUAAAAGACGAAGUCGAUCUCGUCCAUCACGCUCUCUCCGCGUGGCUGGGUUUCCUCAGAGUGACGUUAUGGACUGGAGGACGUGUGACUCUACAGAUCAAACUGAUUCAUCGUCCAAACGGAAGGAGCUAGAUUCUGAUGAUGAACAACCGAAAACAAAAAUAGUCUGUGCACCUCCUUCCACCUCUCACAGAGUCCCAGUUUUCCCUGGUCUGAGCCCCACUGCCCUGAUUGCUCAACUAAAACGGAGAACAGGAGGAGGGGCAACAACUGGAGGAGGAGGAGGGGCAUUGGAAAGUGAAGGAAGCAAGGACAGAGAAGAACUGAGAAGCCCCCAAGAAGAAAUGGCACCGUUGACCUCGCAGCUCUCCCGCUCACCCCGCUCACCUCGCUCUGGUGCAUUUCUCGCAGGGGCUGCACGGGUGCUGCCACCUAUAGGCGGCAAUGAUGGAGGGGCUGGCUCUUCUCCUGCUUGGCUGAAAGAACUCAAGUCUAAGAAGCGACUGAGUCAAUAUGACAAUGAGGCUUAGUCAGAAAAGCAGGAGACACUGCCAUUUUCUUCAGGAACAGUCUGGGUUUUCCAGGACAACUUACCAUGUUUGGUGCAUUUUGCACUAAGUGCCUUAUUUUGGACCUAAACCAGUGAACCCAGAGGGAGAGUUGCUGAAUUUGUAGGCCAUGGAGAACUUUUGUCCUGUCGUGAAAUGAUGGUACCAAGGCUAUAAUGUGAUCAGGCCAAGUUUUAUGUUUUAUUGACUGUACAGAAGCUCAACACAGAGUCUUGGCUGUGUGGCUCCAUCCUGCAGAGACAGAUACUGAUGACAGCAGGCCUUCAACAGAGCCAUCAGCAGGGUCAAUACCACCACAAGACACAGAGCAGGAUGUGAAAAAUGCCUUAAAACGUGUUGUGUGAAUUUAGUAAAAAAAAAAGAGAGAAAUAAUAAAAUGUUUUUAUUAUAUUUUACAAAUUACUACCCAUGCAAACCAACUAGCACUUUAAGAAGCAUUAAAUAAACAUUUUCUUUACAGUGAAUUUACUUUAAGUGGUGGGAUAAUCACGUGUAUGACGGGGUCGAGGGUAAUUUUCUUUUCUUUUGAUACUGACGUGAAUGUCUGUCUUCUCUUUUAAUGCAAAGGUUUUAUCAAUUUCUGGUUUCAUUGAAUGGGAAGUUGAUAAUUCUAUUUCAAGAAGACUUAUAGUAUUUGUUCUGUAAAAAAAUAUAUAUAAUAUGAAUUGUAGAGGAUAUUUUAACGUUGAUGACACACUGUCAUCAAUCAUCAUCAAUCAGAGGAAAUCAGGGGAACUUUAUUAAAGUCUUUUCUUUGAUCUUC